CGCUCUUGCCGCCGCCGCCGCGGGCGGGACUCGCCGGGCGGGGUCUCUGCGGAGAAGGGGCCGGGGCGCGGCGGGCGCCCCAUUGGCUCUCGCCGGCAGCACAUGUCGCCGGCCCUGCUAUAAAGGCGCCCGCCGUGCCGCUUGCAGCCCGUUCUUUUGCUUCCCUAGGGACACCCGCAGCCGCAGCGCCGCCGCCAUGGCCAUCGAUGCUUUUUUAGGCAAGUGGUGCCUCAUCUCCAGCGAGGGCUUCGAGGAGUAUAUGAAGGAGCUGGGUGUGGGUAUGGCCAUGAGAAAAAUGGGAAGUGUGGCCAAACCAGAUGUUUAUAUCAUUAAGGAUGGGGACACAGUCACUGUAAAAACAGAAAGCACCUUCAAGACUUCACAGUUCAGCUUCAAGCUUGGUGAGAAGUUUGAGGAAAAUACAUUAGAUGGCAGGAAAACUCAGACCCUUGUCAGCUUAAAGGAUGAUGGGUCAUUGAUUCAGGAGCAGGAAUGGGAUGGCAAGAAGACCAUAAUAACACGGAAACUAGUGGAUGGACAGUUGGUGGUGGAAUGUGACAUGAAUGGUGUCAAGUGUAUCAGAGUCUACCAGAAAGCAUGAGGACAUCUUCAUGUUCAGCAGGAACUUGCUACAAUCAACUCAGUUCAGUGGAGAGAGCUCCUUUACACUCUGUAUUUUCCUUUUCCCUGUUUUCUAGUAUUUCAAUGGACUGAGUAGCUGAGUGCAAUCCUUUUUAAAAGCCGUGGUGUAACUAUUAUGUAACUAUUCUGAAAUUAUGAGGCUAUUAAAUAAAAUUGUCAAAUAUAUGAAGUGCAAAUGUUGUUACUGUAGUGGAAGUUUGAAGUGAGGUUUUAUAAAAACUCAGUUUGGUUUUAGGCUCUACUGCAAGCUCCCAUCAGUUCAAGAUCAUGCAGUAUAUGGCAACAAACAGUUAAUAGCAAGCUGAAGUUUGACCAGCAUCCUUAAUUGUUAAGGUAGCAAAAUCUGAAAUGGAAAAAACUUUCGUAGUUCAGACUCUAGAAUUGUUUCUAACUUGCAUGUUACAAAUUAAAUAGAAUGGGGUGCAUAUAAAUAAGUUAUAAGGUUUGUUGGUGUUUAAGUAGAGGAGUUAAGUAAGGGGUUAGUUUGGUUUUUCAUGUGUCAAACCCACACAUCUGAAAAAAAAUAUACUAAUGAGCCAAUGGACAUGAUAACCUUAAGCAAACACAUACAUGCUUUACUGAAAGGAAGCCUUAUUUUGAGAAGACUCUUUGUUUCCUAGCAAAAUUUCCUGUCUAGUAACAUUCUAAAAAUUCUUAACCAAAAUCUACUGAAAUGCUGCCUAAAACUUAAAGCCUCGUUUCAUUUUAUAUAUUUUUUAACUGGCUUGAAACAUUUAGCGAUGGAGUUUAUAUGUUUUGACGUGCCACAAUAAAUAAUGAGAAUAUCA